UUCAGCUCAUGACCCGGGCGCACUGCUCACCACGAUGGAUACGAACUCCACCAUCUUGACAUCACUGGGUUCGAUUACCCGCGGCACUGCCAACGUCACAACAGCGCCUCACUUGAACACCACCACGAACUCGAGCGCAGCCUCAAACAUACUACCUAGCACUUCUCGAGUCACUUCGACUUCGACACUUUUCGCCGCUGUGAGCGCCACGCCAAUACCACCAGCUGCGGACAUGGCAGAACGAGUGACGAAGGUUGCGAUGGACUCGAACCGGCUUACGAUCAGCCCGUUCUGGGUACUCGGUCUCCUUAUUGUCCUUUUCAUGGUCGUUUCGGCUUGGUAUCUCGUAGUGAGAUUCAUGUUCCUCGGCCUUCUACGCCCAGCAUUCAGUCACCUUAUCACAAACACCAACGAAGGGACUCGCAACCUCAUACAGAGCAGCUACGAGAAACUCGGAAGCAGUGGCCGCAUGAUCACCCAGGUUACUUUGGUACUAUUCUUCUUCGCACUCGAGCAAUGGCUGGUUGUCGACACCAUCUUGGAAGCUACCGCAGGGGAAGCUCUCAAGCACCAUCCAUCAAUUGAUGUGAUCCUUCGAAUCUUUGCAUUCCUUUGUCAGAUCCUCUGCUGGUUCAUGGUCGGUGAACUGAAGAAGCCUAAGGCCGCGAAGAACUCGAAGCUCAGGGAUGCGAGGCAGAAGGCGGAGGAUAAAACGAACGUGUAGGCGGCAAUUCACAUGGUGAAGGGGGUGCUAGAAACGGGAUGCAGCAGAGGCUAGACUGAGAACAUGGGCAGCGCUCUUUCUGGAAUACUUUUCUUGGUCUUCUGCAGCACCUGGGGACCAGCCCUGUGGGAAGGGCAACGCAGACUGUCGUGAAUUUUGCGAAGGACUAAACGCGGGUUGCUUGCGCAUGCCACGAAGCCGGCUGAGUAUCGCAGACAUUGUACCAUACUGCUACUAAUGAAUCUUUUCAAACCGCUC